AAAUGGUGAGUGUUCCUGAUUGGUAGACUUCAAUAGGUCCUAGUAAUUGCUUUAAUGUGUUAGUAAUUUUUACUAUUACAUUUCUCACUUUCGAUAUGUGUUACCGAAUGUGACCAUUCAAUAGAAUCAUCACCGGUGAGUGCCAUGAUAUAAUGGUCAAACUAAAGUUUUCAAGUUGCAUGCUGGACAUCAUAUGCUUAUUGUGGUUGAUUAUUCACUUAUCAGCAAGUAUUGGUACUUUUAAGAUCUAAUAGUAAUCGUCUUGAUGACUUUGAGAUUGCCGCUAUCUUAUGUUUAAGUCAUUCAAGCAAUUUGAAUCUGUGAUGCCUUUUGAGAUGCCCUUGCCUAUAAUCGUUCAAUAUGUUACUCCCUUGAAAUAAGAAAUUUCGCUUGUUAAUUCUUGAAGAAGCGAUAAUUAGUUUUUACUGCACGCUGCUAAUAGCAAUGGCUGAUGCCGGAGGUGGCUUUUCUGAAUCCAAAAGAGCCCAGGACUUAGGUCAACUACUAGGAGUCAACAUUCUACCUUCACAGGUCAUACAGGGCCACACACCUUUUAAACAACUGGUAAAUAGAUUCGAGAACAAACUUGUCGUUGCUGUUGGCAAAGGAGAACCUGCUGCUGUGAUGUCCGAAUAUGGAUACAAAAAUGUCCUGUCAAUUGAUGAGUACACUAGCUACUUUGAUGCUAUUGAUCCACUGGCACCGUACAAGAGAUGGACAACUAAGCCAGACAUUGACCAGAAUAGCACUUCCAAUGAGAUGGCGAAGAGAAAAAUUGCUGUACAAACACAGAGAGUUCAGGCAGCAUUUGUAGUCAGUGAUUCUGUUGAUUGGAGCAGAGAUAUUCAGGUGCUCUGUGACAUAUUGAGAACUGGAGGGCUUCCUGUAGAGGAGACUGGAAAGCAACCGCACCUUUUUUUUGCAAAUGAUGACCUAGAAUACCAGGCUACUUUUCCUGCUGAACGUUUGGGUAUGGGAGCUUUCAGGAUUGCAUUAGAAGCAAUCUAUAACAGAAUACAUCCCAUUCCUCUGGCGUAUACAUCAUACGGGAAGCCAAAUCCAUUUGUCUAUGGAAAUGCUGAGACAAUGUUAAGGAAUCUUAUGCCAUCUUUGUUAAGCAACCUAGAUGUGGAGAAUACUACAAACUCUGGAAUUCUUCGUUUCAAAACCCUAUACAUGAUAGGAGAUAAUCCAAAAAUCGACAUUAGAGGUGCACGGCAGGCAGGAGAUCCUUGGUUUUCUAUAUUAACAAGGACUGGGGUAUUCAAGGGAAAAGAUAAUCAUUCAGAGUUCCUUGCUGACUUGGUCGUGGAUACUGUUGAGGAUGCUGUCGACUUUAUCUUGAGAAAGGAGUGCGGUUCUUGACAUCACUUAAACAAAAGAUGCCUUUUCUUUCUGUGGUAUCUGAACAAUUGUCACUUCUUUGGAAGCUGGUACGAUCUUCCAUUCUGUGUUUUCCCUAUCAUAAAAAGUAACUACCAUUAGCUAGUCUUCUAUUGAUUUUGCUCAUCAUGUAUGAAUGAUGUUCCUCGAAGGCAGUCCACAUCCCAUUUGAAUUAGGUUAGAUCAAAUGAAUAAUUUAUGGUUCUUCUUACUCUUUUCUCAAUGCAUGCGAUGUUGAUUA